AUGUCUGAGGACAUGGAGCUGGUAGAGAUUCCGUCGAAGGGCACUGGGGAACAAAGCGGCGACGACGAUGAAAUGGAUCUGGCCAACUUUAAAGUGAGCUCUAGUGGCUCCGCUGCCGUCAAGAAACGCAAGAAGGGAAUCAUCUACAUAUCUAACAUUCCCAAGCACAUGAACGUAACACGACUGAAGGAAAUUUUGAGCGAAUUCGGAACAAUCGGACGAGUGUACCUGCAGCCGGAAAAGGUUUCGAGUGAGAAGGCUAAGAAGAAAAGAAAGCGGUACAACAUCCACUUCACCGAGGGCUGGGUGGAGUUCGAAUCAAAGCGUGUGGCCAAGCAAAUCGUCCCGUUGCUGAACAACAAACAGAUAUCGACAAGAAAGAAAUCACAAUUCUACGACUCACUUUGGAGCAUGAAAUACCUUCCGCGCUUCAAGUGGGUGCACCUGACGGAACGUAUGAAUUACGAGCAGGCGGUCCACAAGCAGCGGCUCCAAACAGAAGUAUCACAGGCUCGGAAGGAGACCACCUUCUUCCAGAACAAUCUUGACAAGAGCGAAUUUCUCAAAAAACAGGCGAAAAAGGCUAAAAAGUUGGAGAAAAAAGCCACUACUGAAGCAGCGCAAUAG